GACUCUUCUUCGGGCUCGUCUGGCUGCACUCCUGCCACGGGAUGCCCCAUGUCAUCCGCAUCGGAGGAAUCUUUGAAUAUGCAGACGGACCGAAUGCCCAGAUAAUGAAUGCCGAGGAGCAAGCCUUCCGAUUCUCUGCCAACAUCAUCAAUAGGAAUAGGACUUUGUUACCCAACACAACCUUAACCUACGAUAUCCAGAGGAUACACUUCCAUGACAGCUUUGAAGCCACAAAGAAAGCCUGCGACCAGCUUGCACUUGGUGUUGUAGCAAUAUUUGGGCCUUCCCAGGGCUCCUGUACCAAUGCAGUCCAGUCCAUUUGCAAUGCACUGGAAGUCCCCCACAUACAGCUACGGUGGAAGCAUCACCCUUUGGAUAACAAAGACACUUUCUAUGUCAACCUUUACCCGGACUAUGCUUCUCUCAGCCAUGCCAUUUUGGACCUUGUACAGUACCUGAAGUGGAGGUCAGCGACUGUGGUAUAUGACGACAGCACAGGCCUCAUCCGGCUGCAAGAGCUGAUCAUGGCCCCGUCCAGAUACAACAUCCGCUUGAAAAUCCGCCAGCUGCCAAUCGACACGGACGACACCCGGCCCUUACUCAAGGAGAUGAAGCGGGGGCGCGAGUUCCGGAUCAUCUUUGACUGCACCCACACCAUGGCGGUGCACAUUCUCAAGCAGGCCAUGGCGAUGGGGAUGAUGACAGAGUACUACCACUUCAUCUUCACCACACUGGAUCUUUACGCCUUAGAUCUAGAGCAGUAUCGCUACUCUGGAGUGAACCUGACUGGCUUCCGCAUCUUGAACGUGGAGAACCCUCAUGUCUCUUCCAUCAUCGAUAAAUGGUCCAUGGAGCGGUUGCAGGCAGCCCCCAAGCCCGAACCAGGGUUGAUUGCAGGCAUGAUGAUGACAGAUGCAGCCCUCUUGUACGACGCCGUCCACAUCGUCUCUGUGUGCUACCAACGGGCUCCGCAAAUGACCGUGAAUUCCCUCCAGUGCCAUCGGCAUAAAGCCUGGCGGUUUGGAGGACGCUUCAUGAAUUUCAUCAAAGAGGCCCAGUGGGAAGGCUUAACUGGACGCAUCGCCUUCAACAAGACCAGCGGCUUGAGGACUGACUUCGACUUAGACAUCAUCAGCCUCAAGGAAGAUGGACUAGAAAAGGUUGGAGUAUGGAGCCCCUCUGAUGGACUGAACAUCACCGAAAUCUCUCGAAGGCAAGGGCCCAACGUGACUGAUUCCUUGACCAAUAGAUCCUUGGUGGUCACCACAAUCCUGGAGGAACCUUUUGUCAUGUUCACCAAGUCAGACACAGUUCUCUCCGGGAACAAGCGCUUCGAAGGGUACUGCGUCGACCUGCUUGCAGAGGUGUCCCGUAUCCUUGGCUUCUCCUAUGAGAUCCGGUUGGUGGACGAUGGGAAGUAUGGCGCCCAGGAUGAAAAGGGGCAGUGGAAUGGCAUGAUCAGGGAGCUGAUCGAUCACAAAGCUGAUCUGGCGGUCGCCCCACUUACCAUCACCCACGUCCGGGAGAAAGCCAUCGACUUCUCCAAGCCCUUCAUGACUUUGGGGAUCAGCAUCCUCUACCGGAAGGCCAACGGAACCAACCCCAGUGUCUUCUCCUUCCUUAACCCUCUGUCUCCGGACAUUUGGAUGUACAUCCUCCUCGCUUACCUGGGAGUUAGCUGCGUGCUCUUUGUCAUCGCCAGGUUCAGCCCUUACGAAUGGUACGACGCCCACCCCUGCAACCCGGGGUCAGACAUAGUGGAGAAUAACUUCACCCUCCUCAACAGCUUCUGGUUUGGAAUGGGAGCGCUUAUGCAGCAAGGGUCUGAGCUGAUGCCCAAAGCACUCUCCACUCGCAUCAUUGGGGGUAUCUGGUGGUUCUUCACUCUCAUCAUCAUCUCUUCGUACACGGCAAACCUGGCCGCCUUCUUGACUGUGGAGAGGAUGGAGUCCCCCAUCGACUCGGCUGAUGACCUGGCCAAGCAAACCAAAAUCGAAUAUGGAGCCGUGAAGGAUGGGGCCACCAUGACCUUCUUCAAGAAAUCCAAGAUCUCAACCUUUGAAAAAAUGUGGGCCUUCAUGAGCAGCAAGUCUUCGGCUCUUGUGAAGAAUAACGAGGAAGGGAUACAGCGCACCCUCACCUCUGACUACGCCCUGCUGAUGGAAUCCACCACUAUUGAGUACAUCACCCAAAGGAACUGCAACCUGACCCAGAUUGGGGGGCUUAUUGACUCUAAGGGCUACGGGAUCGGCACUCCCAUGGGCUCGCCGUAUAGAGACAAGAUCACCAUUGCGAUCCUUCAGCUUCAGGAAGAGGCCAAGCUGCAUGCCAUGAAGGACAAAUGGUGGCGGAGCAAUGGGUGCCCCGAGGAGGAGAGCAAAGAGGCCAGCGCGCUCGGGAUCCAGAACAUUGGCGGGCUCUUCAUUGUCCUGGCCGCCGGCCUGGUCCUCUCCGUGUUCGUAGCCACUGUAGAAUUCAUCUACAAGCUGCGCAAGACAGCCGAGCGAGAGCAGCGCUCCUUCUGCAGUGCCAUGGCUGACGAGAUCCGGCUGUCGCUCACCUGCCACCGGCGUGUGAAACACAAGCCCCAGCCCCCUGUCAUGGUGAAGACGGAUGCUGUGAUCAAUAUGCACACGUUCAAUGACCGGCGGCUACCUGGCAAGGACAACAUGACCUGUAACACGGGGCUGACCCCUGUGUUCCCAUGACAGAAUGAGGGCCAAGAACUGGGGAGGGGCUCGUUGGAUAUGGGAGGGGGGAGGAAAGGCACGUCCGUGCUACGGAAGCAGAGAAAGAGCCAGCAUUGCGGUUUUCUUUCUGAGAACAAGGCCUUUAAUGCAACUACAGCCAUCGUCCAAAUUGGAAACAAGAACUCCGCGCGUGGGCCAUGACGUCUUCAUUUUGGGAUUGCUCUUUGGUUUUUUUCAGUCAAGAUUUAAGCGGCACUGCAGGCCUCUUGGCACCCAAACCUCGCUCCUCAGCUAGACACAUCCAAGAGUCUUGAUGUUUACAUAUCAAACUAACGGAAGGAACAACGCCGGGCAAAGACUCCUGUGGUUCAGAGAAGAAUCGCAACGCCCUUGGAUCUGACACUUCCUUUUAAGUAUGGCAAUAAAUGAAAUGACAAGUGCGGAGUCC